CACAACGCGCCGAAAAACCUCACCGCAACAUCUCCGUACGCUUCCUCCACCCUUCCACCCUGCACACACACCUACACACACACACACACCUACACACACACACACACACACCUUCUCUCUCUUUCUGAAGAGCUCCAUCCGAACCUAUCGCCCCAACCCUUACAAAGCAAUGUGUCCAGCACUCUCGGCACAUGGCUGAUCAUCCGAGACGGCCCUCGCAAUCCGCCGCGGCUUCGUCCAUCCCUCCCGCUCCUCCACUUCCACCGCCCAAGUUCGCAGCGCGUAACGUCUUUACCAGAUUCGUCACUCAGCCCUUCACAUACGGCUCUCGUCCUCCAAGCGUGCAGGCGAACCGUGCAGAUGGCCAACGUUCGGCUUCGUUGGCUCCCCGGGGUACAGGAGUAAACCCGGCCUUCUCCAAAGAAGCAAGCCACAAGACCGGCCUUGAAAUAUCUGCUGUCGAUAUCAACCAUGACGGCACACAUGCAGUCCUUGCAGGUCGCGAGAUCUUGAAGACGAUCAGCGUCACCGACACACAUUGCGCCGAAGAGGACAACCUGCGUUCCGCAAUCAUUAAUUACACCGGAACCGUCACAGGCCCCGGCCCCGCCGCUUCUAGACAUAGAGAAACGUUCGAGAUACAUGAUGUAAAGUGGUCCCACGGCCAAUACGACUCGUAUAUUGCUACUGCUGCAACAAAUGGCAAAGUCAUCCUCUACGACUUGAAACGUACAGGCAAGGAAGUCGCUAGGUUGCAUGAGCAUCACCGUCAGGUACACAAGCUUGCUUUUAAUCCGCACAAGGGCCAUUUAUUGUUGUCGGGCAGCCAAGAUGCGACGGUGCGUCUGUGGGACUUGCGCGACAUGCGACGAGAUGUCAUGUCAUGCGCCAGUCGGGACAAGUUCUCUGGCAUGAGUGAAGGCAUUCGUGACCUCAAAUGGUCGCCCACCGAUGGGGUAGAAUUCGCUUUUGGAACCGACAAUGGCGUAAUACAACGCUGGGACUUCCGACAAAACAGAGGCCCGAAGCUGAAGAUCAACGCGCACGAAAAGACAGUCAACGCUAUUGAUUGGCAUCCUGAUGGGAAGCACCUGAUGAGUGCGAGCACCGAUAAGACGGUCAGGGUGUGGGACUUCUCAUCGGAAGUACGCAGGCAGAAACCUGCAUUUGUGUUACGUACACCCUUUCCUGUGUACAACGCACGUUGGAGACCAUCUUGUUGGGUUCCAGAAUCACGAGAACAUGGCUCUCUUCAAUGCACUCAGCUAGCGACGUCGUACGACAGAGACCACGCUAUGGUGCACCUAUGGGACCUCCGCCGCCCAUAUCUACCGUUCAGGGAGAUACACCGAUACAGCAUGGCCCCAACAGAUAUGCUAUGGCACGGACGCGAUCUGCUCUGGACUGUUGGCCGCGAAGGCAUGUUCACACAGAAUGACGUCAAUUUUGCUCCGAAAGUCAUCGACAGACGAAAUAUGCAAGCUUUCGCAGUAUCUGCAACGGGUGAAAUUAACGCUUUCUCACAGAAGAGAUCACGAAGUCGCAACUCGGAGCAUACAAAUUUCACCCAGGAGAAUUAUCCUCUCGACUCCGAGAAGACCCGUAGCAGUCCUGACAAAGGUAGCCUUGGCCGCGUCUCAGCAGACGACAGUCUCGAUGACAGUUUUCUUAGCACGUCUUUCAAUCGACACCACGGCAGAACCGCAAGUAACAGGUCUGCUAAGUCAUUUAGCAGUACGCCACCAUCAUCUGACAUGUUGACCAAAGUUGUAUUCUUGGAUGAGUCCCUAGCAAUUCGUGCUGAUGCGUUCAAGCCUAAUCAGACAGCCUUUCGAGGAUCCCUCCCCGGAUCGUUGAAUCUGCCCGUGUUCACUUACCUUGCACAAAAAUACAAGGCCAUGGCUUUGACUGACCCACCAUCUGUUGAUUCAUACUUAAAUCUUCCUAAACUUUUCGGGCACAACGCAGAGUAUGCAGAAAAAGCUGCUCUGUUUCGGCUCGCAGAAACUUGGCAGAUCGUUGGGCAUGCAGUCUUCAACGUUGUGAGUUCAAGGGCAGAGCAGCAUAGAAGACUACGAGUAGAGCAAAGCCAUCCUCCCCGACAGGUCUCAGAAAGCCGAUCUAAAUCAAACCUGGACGUAGUCACACCUGCAAAGACUGCUAGCAUAGCGCAUAGGGCGGUAUAUGGACCGUCUAGUCACUCGAGUCCACUUCUCACUGUAGGCCACGCUGAGAGCACGUCAAAUCUACCAACUCCACUUGCAAGACCUGUAGCCCAUUCGACCUCGCAUACUGGCGAUGGUCAUCUUAGACUUCCUGACUUGGACAAUGAAGACGCUCUCAACCUUCCACCUGCGAUUGUAGGUCCUCAUUCUAAUGGAGAUGUAAGCUCCGUCAGUCGUUCCCAUCGGGACGAUUUGCAAAUACCACGUCCAAAUUUCAACAACCCACGAUGGUAUAGUACCACAACUGAUCUAGACGAGCGACGGGCAAUGGUAGGAAGCUACAGGGCACAGCGACGAACCCCUCUUACGUACGAUCAACCCAAUCCUCAUGCCAUCGAUAUUAGAGCACCACCCAACCUAGACAGACACAAUUCAGACGAGAGCUUUGCGAUGUUUUCGGCUUCUUCAGGGUCGCAACGCGAACCGUCCAUGUCGGGCUCCUUCGCAAGCGUCCACUCGCAAAACAUGGAGUCAAAAACUGAGGGACCGCAGGAGUCUCAUGACAGUAGUCCGAAUCUCGAUCGAUAUGCAUUGAGUCCCAUCUCUAGGUCAGCCCAUAGACGCCCACGUCUUGACAUGCGGCACAUGAGCCCAAGUCCUUCAAGUACACAAACAGAACAACGUCUCGCCGAGAGCACGCUGAGCCCAAAGAAUACAAUUUCUCAAGCGCAGGUCACGUCAUCGGGAUCCCAGGCGUUGAGUCCAGCACAGUUUAGUGCAGAAAGGAGGAAAGCAAUCGAAGAUAUUGAUGUGCUCCAUCGUAACAAUUACCUCAUGCGUCAUGACAGCUCCGAAUCAGAGGCAUUGACCAGUGAUAAGGGUAGUCCCUUUUCGGCACUCUCUGCAAUCCACGAAACGAUAGACGCCAGUGGAACAAUAGUUCCUGACGGUUUUCAAGGUGGCAUCAUGUCGCCCGAAAGCGCUGACCUUGCCCAUCCACCGUUCCGCCACGGAAGCACAACCGCUGCUACUUCCUCGGAGACUCAUGCCGUAGACGAGUCGUUGCAACUCGAAGACUUUCAAGUUCAGAGUUCAGACGUGGAUACGGAGUCAAAUUCGCCUUUUACCGUGAUCGAUAUGAUCCGAUCUGUCCUUUGUUUCCAUACUGGGGUCAUGGCAGAUGCUCAAACCUCUUCUCUCAUUCUGCUACUAGUCUCACCUCUGCUCCCUCCAACGCAUCCUCUCUGCUCUUCCGACACAGAGCUUGUGAAGUCCACAUACGCUGAAGUCCUAACUUCUCUAGGAAUGGCCCCUACUCAGGUCCAUGCCAUAAUCCAUGGCCAUCUUGCGGACCUCCUCAAGACAGGCAUACACCCCUUCGAAGCCGAAUCUAUCAUAUCAACCUACCACACACAACUACACAGUCUCGGCCUCUUCAACGCCGCAGCAUCUCUCCGCCGCCUCGCCUACCCCGUCUACCCCGGCGUGUACGAGUACGCCCUCAAAGACACCCAACUCAACCUCCUUUGCACAAAUUGCAAAUCCCCUCUGAACAAUCCUCGCGACAAAACCCGCUGCGAAACUUGCCGCGCCCGCUCCAAGCCUUGCCCCAUCUGCGGCUGCAAAGCAGCCUUGCUCGACCCAGCAAGCAAGCACGUCAAGUACAAACCACGCAAAAAGGGCGUCAAAUUCGGCGAUCCCGGCCUCGCGAACAAGUCUGAUCAACUAUCUGACUCCAUCCUCGGCACGCCUCAAGUAUCCCGCGAUAAUCUCGCAGACACCGAGUCUUCUUCGAACGCGUCCUCAUCCUCGCCGAUAGUCCCAGUCGUAUUCCAGCAACCGGCGGUUCUUUGGACGGCAUGUCCGCUCUGCUCCCACGGCGGCCACAGCGCGUGUAUGGCUGCGUGGUGGGCAGACGCCGAGUCGGAAGGCGCGUGUCCGACGCAGGGCUGUAUCUGUGACUGUGUCAAGGGCACGCGCCGCACCGAGAGGCUGCGGAAGCUGGAGGAGGAGGUUGCGGAGAAGGAGAAGGGGAAGGUUAAGGGUGAUGAGUGGCUUGCGAGGGAGAGCAAGGCUGUUGUGGGUGUGAGAGGGGCGUUGGGCGGUGGCGGUGGGAGCGGGAGCGCGGAGUCUGGGCUGGGUGGUGUGUCGGGGAAGGUGGUGGUGAAGGAUGAGGGCAAGAGGGUUAAUAGAGCUGGGGGCGGUGCCGGGGUGGCGAAGAAGUGACGCUUUUGGGCGGAUCUGAGCUUGUUGUUUGCUACAGGUACUUUGAUAUUGCAUGUUCGGGGAGUUGGGAUUUGGACCUUGGGUACUAAUACGCUCCAUCUUUUUCCGAUCAAUUGGGAAGAUGAAAAGAAGAUCUCACGAAAUGGUGAGAGAAUUGCUUGUAUCAAGAAGAACGCGGGACGGCAAUACUAGGCGAGCCGUGCCGUGUGCAAAUAAGCCUAGAGUCUGUAAAAUAGAUAUAUAUAUGAUGAUACCCACCUAACUGAUUAUACAUUACGCAUGAGCUCACUUGUCAAUCAAUCACUCAAUCACUCAAUCACUCAAUCACUCAAUCACUCGAUCAACCAGAACCAAUAACAACGAUAAUAAGAAGAAAGUCACACAUUCAUGUACCGCCUGUAUCUGUGCUCCAACGCAAAAAGACUCGUGCGUCAGCUCUUUUCAAGGCGGCUUCUGUUUAUACAUUUUC